AUGGUUAACCCCACAGUUCUUCUUCAUGAUCAAGAUAAUGAACCAAAAACGAUUCCUCCAAAAAGGCAAGAAACCCUCAUUGUGGACCCUCCCUUAGAGGUCGGGGUUACAAAGAAAGUCAGAGUGAGAAUCCUUCCUAAAUCUAACAUUCAUGAAUUGGGAAAGCUCAAUGCCCUGGUGAAGGCUUCCAAUGCUCCUCAUGCUCUUGUUAUGUCUACUAUUCAUGUCAACACACUUCUCAGUCAAACCCAAGCAUACGAGAAGCAAUUGGAGGAGAAUAGG